AUGGCCGCGGUCUAUGUUGAUGACAUCAUCGUCAAGACGCCACGCGCGGACGAUCUAGUCGCCACCCUGAGCACCACGUUCGCAAAUCUCAAGAGGUUCAACAUCAAACUAAACCCCGAGAAAUGCACGUUCGGUGUGCCUAAGGGCAAACUACUCGGGUACAUGGUGUCCAAGCAUAGCAUUGAAGCCAACCGCGACAAAAUUGCGGCCAUCACCAACAUGGGACCCAUCCGCGGCGUCAAGGGCGUCCAGAGGUUAUCCGAGUGCCUAGCAGCGCUCAGCCGGUUCAUUGCCCGGCUGGGAAAGCGAGGCUUGCCGCUAUACAAACUCCUCAAAAAAUCCGACACGUUUGUCUGGACGGAGGAGGCACAGGCAGCCCUCGGCCGCCUCAAGGCUCUCUUAUCCUCUCCACCAGUGCUCGUGGCACCGGAUCCCUGCGAACCCCUUUUGCUUUACCUGGCAGCCACUAACCAUGUGGUCAGCGCCGCUCUGGUGGUUGAAAGGGAAGAACAGGGACACGCCCUUAAGGUCCAACGUCCCGUGUAUUUCAUGAGCGAGGUACUGACUGACACCAAGUUACAGUACCCGCAAACACAAAAACUCCUCUAUGCCAUCAUCAUGGCGGUCAAGAAACUGCAACACUACUUCACUGAGCAUGAGGUGUCUGUCGUCACCUCAUUCCCACUCGGCGAAGUGGUUCGCAACCGCGAUGCCGUGGGACGGAUAUCCAAAUGGGCAGUUGAGCUGAUGGGCUACGACGUCAAGUUCGUGCCACGCACGGUGAUAAAGUCUCAGGCCCUGACUGACUUCAUCGCCGAGUGGACAGAAGUCCAAGCUCCGACCCCAGAAAUCUCUCACGAGUACUGGACCCUCUACUUCGACGGGUCGGUCAUGGGACUUGGCGCGGGGGCCGGGGUCGUCCUAGUCUCCCCAGAAGGAGACAAGUUCCAGUACGUAGUCCGCCUCCACUUCCCCGCAUCCAACAACGUUGCAGAGUAUGAGGCGCUCACUAGCGGCCUCCGCAUAGCCAUCGACAUCGGGGCAACCCGCCUGUACAUCUAUGGCGACUCCAAGCUGGUAAUCGACCAGGUCAUGAAGAACUCCAAUUACGAAAGCCCUCUCAUGGAUGCAUACUACCAGGAAGUCCGCAAGCUAGAAGGAGGAUUCCGGGGUCUGGAGCUCCACCACAUCCCAUGGAAGCAAAACCUAGAUGCGGACGCUCUCGCAAAGAUGGCCGCUGAGCGCAAGCCGGCGCCCAACCGCAUUUUCGUCAAUGACCUAAACACGCCGUCAGCGCGAGAGAAGCAACCGGCCGCGGACCAGACAAAAAUAGGGAAAACAGAGCACGCUCCCUCCGACCCAGCCCACGACCAGUUCACCAAAUGGAUAGAAGCAAAACCGACAAUCACGAUCGACUCCAAGGAGGUCGUCAAGUUCUUCCUAGACAUCAUUUACAGAAUCGGCGUACCCAACUCCGUCAUCACCGACAACGGGACCAACUUCGCAGGUCACUACUUCCAAGUGUUUGCGGAAGGAUACGGGAUCCAGAUCGACUGGGCAUCGGUCGGACACCCGUGCACAAACAGAUCGCUGGGUGGAAAAGCUACCGGCAGUGCUCUGGAGCUUGCGAACCACACCUAA